AUGGCAGACACUGCCUCAAUACCCUUCGGACGUGCUUGGUGGAAGGAAGCUAUCGUCUACCAAAUCUAUCCUGCUUCAUUCGUUGACUCGAAUGGGGACGGAAUUGGCGAUUUGAAUGGUAUCGCCUCGAAACUUGAUUACCUCAAGGACCUGGGCGUCGAUGUCCUAUGGCUAUCCCCGAUUUACAAGUCUCCAUUGGCAGAUAUGGGCUACGAUAUCUCUGACUAUCGGGACAUCGAUCCGAGGUAUGGAACCUUGGAGGACUGGGACAACCUCCUGAAAGGUGUACACGAGCGAGGGAUGAAACUGAUAAUGGAUCUCGUUGUCAAUCACUCCUCAGACCAGCAUGAUUGGUUUCAAGAAUCCCGCUCGAGCAAGGCAAACCCAAAACGAAACUGGUACAUUUGGAGGCCUCCGAAGUACGAUUCGGAGGGUAACCGACAUCCUCCUAACAACUGGAAAGCUGUUUUUCAAGGUUCAGUCUGGGAGUUCGAUGAAGCGACCCAAGAGUAUUAUCUUCACCUGUACCUUCCCCAACAACCUGACCUGAAUUGGAAUAACCCUGAGCUUCGAGACGCAGUAUGGGACAUGAUGAAGUUCUGGCUUGAUCGAGGGUGUGAUGGCUUCAGGAUGGAUGUAAUCAAUCUCAUUUCGAAGGCUGAAGGUCUACCAGACGCCCCCAUCAUUGCACCAGGAGAACCUUAUCAACCCGCUGGUGCCUUGUUCGCAAACGGACCUCAUGUGCACAAGUACAUCCAGGAAAUGAACGCGAAAGUCCUGUCGAAAUACGAUAUUAUGACCGUCGGAGAGACACCCUUCACGCAUGAUCCCUCAUUGUUGGCACCAUACGUCCUCCCACGUAACAAAGAGCUCGAUAUGGUCUUCCACUUUGAGAUCAUCAGGGUCGAUACGCCACGCAUUGGCAACGACCACAUUCAACUCGCCUUUAAGCCGUGGAAGCUCACCGAGUUCAAGGAAAUCAUCACCCGUUGGCAACAGUACAAACGCGAUGAGGGAUUUUGGAAUGCGACAUACCUGGAGAACCAUGAUCAUGCUCGAUCCGUGUCAAGGUUUGGCAAUGACAGCGACCAAUGGAGGAUGCUCUCCGCAAAACUGUUGGCGAUGUUGCAAGUGAUGCAAAGUGGUACACAGUACGUGUAUCAAGGCCAGGAACUUGGACUCAAAAAUUUCCCUCGCUCCUGGGGCCUCGAAGAAUACAAGGACGUGGCGACACAAAAUUAUUGGAACAAAAUUCUGAAGCAAAGAAAGGCCGGAUCUGACAAGGAGGUUGAUAUGGAAGAUAUUUUGGACGAUUUUGCGAAGAAAGCUCGAGAUCACGCUCGUGUGCCUAUGCAGUGGGAUUCAUCGCCGAAUGCCGGUUUUACGGCUGGAACUCCUUGGAUGCGGGUUAACGAGGACUACCGGACCUGGAAUGCCGAGAAUCAGAUCGGCGACGGCGCUAGUAUUUUGGAGUUCUGGAAGCGCCUGCUGAAAUUAAGGAAGUCUAACCUUACGCUGAUCUAUGGAACUUUCGAAGACGUUUCUGAAGGCUCCGAGAAGGUUUUUGGAUAUAUUCGCCGUCUUAGAGAUUCUUGGUACUUUAUCGCCCUCAACUUCUCAGAAGAAGAGAUUACCUUCGUCCCGCGAGGCGAACAGACUCGCGCCUGGGAUUCCCUCAACUAUGUCGUUGGGAACUACGAGGAUUUCCCCUCUGUGGAUGUCAAUAGUGGGGCAGUACGACUCAGAGGUUGGGAAGCGAUAUGUUUUGGAGCGUAA